AGAUGAAAACCUCAUGAGACCAUAUACUCUUCGCACUUCUUCAAUAUCACUAAGCCGAGAUUUCUGUGACUGGAACAGCGUCAAGGAGUGAUCAUGGGAGGCGGAGAAGUUUUGACGGCCGCAGCGUUGAUGGCCUGCUACGGGCUAAGUGGCGAGCCAGUUGCCCCGCCCGCCGAGGGAGCGAAAUCCGCUGAUGCUGCGCCGCUGCACACCGCGGCGUUCUGGGACUUGGAUGAAUGCGAUUUCUUCCAUGAUGAUGCACUCGUUACGGAGGCCGGCGAGCCCACGCCCAGGCUAGUGUUUGGCAAGGUACCCAGCCUUGAGGAGGCCGAGGCUGCUACCUUGGAAUUGAAAAACGCCAUUGAUGGGGUUUACCCGUCCUCUGAGUCUUCUGUGUGCGAGGGUUCUACUGGUAGUGAAGUCCCUGUUCAGUCCCCUCUUCUUCCUGGGACGGAGACCAAAUCUUGGCUGAUCGAGGCUAUUUCAAAUCCUUUGAUGCCGAAGCAUCUAGUCCGUCAGGCCUGUGAACUGCUGAGCACAAAUCAGAAGGCCCUGGACAUUAUAGCGUCUCUUGCUUCUAAUCCGAACGUAUUGGGGGCCAUCGUGCAAGAUCCUUUGGUGAAGAACUUCCUCCAAUCCCACCAACCAGCUGCUAGGAUUGAAUCAGAGGAAUCUCCUGAAACUUUGGAGAAGUUACACCACUCUGACCAAGAAGACAACAAACGAAUUGGGUUUGUGGCUUCCAUGAAGGAGAGAAUGCAGAAUUUUAUGGGGGCAGCGACUGGAAAGGUAAGCAAUGUGUCAAAGUACUUUACUAACCGCUUGUUUGGGUCAUCAGAAGCGGAGAACACGUCGUCCGGUGCUAAUGGAAACACGAGAGCAAACUUCAUGUUUGGGUCAAAGUACUUUAACAACUUGUUUGGGUCAUCAGAAGCAGAGAAUAUGUCGUCUGGUGCUAAGGGAAACACGAGAGCAAACGUCAUGUUUGGGUCAAAGUACUUUAACAACUUGUUUGGGUCAUCAGAAGCAGAGAAUACGUCGUCUGGUGCAAAUGGAAACACGGGAACAAAGUUCAAGUUUGGGUCAAAAUACUUCAACAACUUGUUUGGGUCAUCAGAAGUGGAGAUAAUUCUGAGGUUGGUAAUGCUGGUGAUUAUGGUGGUCCUGUUCAAGCGGCUGUAAACUCUUACUAUCGCCGACCCUUCUAAUAAACUCUGAUAUGUUUCUUUCUUGCCUGUUUUUCCUUUUGCGCUAGUGCUUUUACAAGUUUUAUAUUCACAAAUAAUCUGUAAAUGUAUUUAUUUCUCCUGAGAAAAACAGAAGGGCAUUUACAGAGCAGCACAAGUUGUUGAAU